AUGGCACCCUCCCAGCGCCCCAUGGUGCCGCGGCAGGACACGGGGAUGAUACCUCCGCGACAAGCUAUGGGCAUGCAGAACAUCUCCGUCGACCGCGUCCUACGCAAUUCAACCGAAAUCCCGUCCGGUCAGCCUCGGGUGCAACCAGUGCAGCAGAGCUCCUCCCCCCAGCCCCAGCCGGGUGCCAUGGCUUCCGUUCGGGCCGCAGCUCGCGCAGCAGCCCGUAGGGCGGGCGUGCCCGCGAACGCAAUCAUCACGCCGCCCAUCGCUGGUGCCGUACCCGGCUCGCGAAUAGCUGUCCCGCAGAACGUCCCUCAGCGGACGACAAAGGUCAGCGAGAAGCUGGUCCUCAUCCCAGACACACCCGACGACGACUCCCCCGAGGAUGACGACGUCGAAGAGGCCAUGGCGAGGGAGGAUGAGAGGGCCAGGAGGCAGGCAGUCAUCCAGCAGGAGGAGGACCGCCCACUUCGGGACGAGGAAUUGGACGUGCUCCGGAAGCGUGGUGGGAUCCGCGGCAAGAGCUACGCAGAACGGCUACCGAAACGACAGCGGGCAGAAAAGCUGUCGCGGCUCACGGCAUAUUGCACGGCUCAGGGCUUCAAGAUGAAGGCCACGGCUGAGUUUCUGCGCACUAAACACGAGGCGAAAACAAAACUUUACGACGACUGCCUCUAUGUGGUCUACCAUCUACCACUGAUGAAUGGCACAGAUGGGUACCGGGUGCGUAGCAGACCCAUACUCAAGACGCCAGGCACUGGGAAGACUGUUCUGGAUCUUGAAAUUGAGAGGAGUGAGCGGAGAGACGAGCACUACGGGUGGACCAAUGAUGAAUUCUCCGGAAGUCCUGGGGGUAUCUCAUCGAGCCCGACGAAUCUGCACCCGAUUGCGAGCAACGGAUCGGACGAACGAGGGCGGGACAUGGGACGAGAUGGCGACGAGGACCGCGCAUCCCUCAGCCCUAUUAACCGACUAGCCCCAGACGCCAAGAACUUCGCUGAGAUGUUCGUCUUCUCGUACGGCGUUGUGGUCUUCUGGAACUUGUCAGAGCACCAGGAGAAGGACAUCUUGGGAGAUCUCACUUUCGCCGAGAGUGAGAAGGGCAUCUCCCUCGCCACGAGGCCGUUCGAACCGGGCGAUUUCGAGACAGAAGAAUUCCACUUUGAGUACUCGGCAGACAUCAAACACCCUCGUAUCUUCAACGACAUGAUCACACUGCUUCCACGCUCGGACCACAUGGUUAAACUGACUAUCAGUCACGCCGUGGCGCAGAGUACGAAGCUUUGCAGCUUUGAGGAGAGGAUGUCUGAGACAAUGAAGCACGCUGAACACGUGCCCAAGAGGCUUGCGAUGACAGGCGAGUUGAGCAUGGGCAGGACCGAGAUUGUCAAAUUGCUGGGGAGAUUGUUCAAAAGCCGCGUCGACAUCAAUUUAUCAUCAAACAUUCUCCCCGUGCCCAACUUCUUCUGGGAGUCCGAACCAACCCUCCACCCUCUCUAUAUGGCCAUCCGGGACUACCUGGAGAUUGACCCACGGAUUACUGUCCUUAACGAGCGGUGUCGCGUUUUUCUCGACCUGGCUGAGAUCCUGUCCGACACCGUGGCCGACGCAAAGAUGAGCGCCAUCACUUGGAUCAUCAUAGUGUUGAUUGUCAUCUCCAUCUGCGUCACGGUGAGUGAAGUCGGACUACGUUUCGGCAUCCUGCAGAAGAGCAGUGGCAAGGGCGGUAGUGGAGACGGAACCGAGGGCAGCGGUAUUGGCAGCAGCAGCAGCAGCAGAGAUGUUGAGCGCACUGUGGCGCAAGUUUAUCAGCCCGGCAGCAUCGAGUUGAAGCUCGCCAGAGCUAAUAUCACCAUGGACGAGUUCAAGAGCUGGAUCGCGCUCAACGAGCAGGAGGGUGGCAAGAUGUGUGGGGGUGAGAUCGUUGGCCAAACAUUUGCAGGCGUGUAG